AACGCAUACCACUGAGUAUUCCGGAACAAAAUUCGCCACAUACAUCAAAUCUUCCCCAUGUGCCAUAUAUUUACAUUUGACCAUUGACCACCGCAAUUACUUGACUAGAAUUUCCACACUAUCAAAUCAGCGGUUUUUCUUUGUUUUUAUUGUAAGAACAUUCUAGGACCACUAUGGAAACGAACACUUCGUCGCCGUUGUCGACGCUACCUGAAUCAGGUGCAAUGACUGCUACCGCAAACCCAGUAUCGCCGUCGCUAGUCAAUUUGUACAGAAUCACCAAAGUUCUCGAGCGUUUGGCCACACACUUUGUACCUGGCAACCGUAGCGAUGCUUUCGAAUUUUUUAACUUAUGUCUCUCCCUCUCCAGAGGGAUUGAUUAUGCACUUGCAAACGGGGAAGUUCCGCUGAAAGCUAAUGAAUUACCUAUUUUGAUGAAACAGGUUUAUGGCAUUUACUUUUCCUUUUCGACACAGAUGUAUCAAAGAAAGACCGAUGAUCAUUCACAAGCAGCUGUGAUGGUUUUGAUGAUCUCUGUGAAGAAUGCCUGUGAAAUUGGAUGGUUCCGGGAGAAUGAUUCCAAAGAACUUUUAAAUAUUGCUGACAAGAUAGGAAAAACCUACUGCACGCUGGGAAAUGCAAUUGCCGAACCUAAUUCUUGCCAUCCUGCAGUGUUAACUAUAAUGCAAAGGUACUAUCCUAAUAUGGAAUUGGGUCCAAUAAUCGUGUCAAUUGAAGCCAAGCCUGGUUAUGGAGCUUCUGCUGUUGACUUCCAUAUCACAAAGAAUAAUGUUCAUUCAGAUAAAAAAAUUUGGUUAUUGGUGGCCCAAAUUGAUAACAUUGAGAAGUCUGCAUGCCUCAUCAGCCCUCAGCAAGUGAACAUUCUCCUGAAUGGAAAAGGAAUUCAUACAAGGACCAACUUUCGAAUGGAUCCUGGACCACAGAUGCCCACCUGUGUGACUGGUAUCCUUAAAUUUGGGACAAAUCUUCUUCAAGCUGUGGGUCAGUUCGAUGGGCAUUAUAUUAUACUUGUUGCCUAUAUGAGUGUUGGAUCCUUGCCUGCGCAUCCAGUUCUUCCACCAGAUUAUGUUCAGCCUGCUGUAUCUGUUGAUGCAGAUUCAGAUAUUAUCGAGGGAGAAUCAAAAAUCUCUCUUAAUUGUCCAAUAAGCCGUACGCGUAUCAAGACUCCUGUUAAAGGGCAUUCAUGCAAACAUUUUCAGUGCUUUGACUUUGACAACUUCAUUAAAAUAAAUUUUAAGAGGCCAUCCUGGCGCUGCCCCCAUUGCACUCGGCCUGUCUGCUAUACAGAUAUUCGUCUUGACAGAAACAUGAUUGAGGUCCUGGAAAAAGUUGGUGAGAACAUUGUGGAAGUGACUUUUGAAGCUGAUGGAUCGUGGAAGGUAGGCUCAGAAAAUGAUCAUGACGUGAAUAAGAUACAGAAUAAGGCCUACGAUUGUGAAAUGGAACAGACUGAACAACAAGAAUCUACUUGCCCCCCUGAUACUGUUUCCAAUAUUGUGGACCUCACCAACAAUGAUAAUGAUUUGGACAUAAUGUGCACUUAUGAAACUGCAGAUAGAAAGCCUUUUCAGGCUUCUGCUCCUACUGGCGUUCAAAUAGAGGAGGACUUUUGGGCUGGUCUUUAUAUUGCCAACGGUGGGUCUGGUACCCCUACAGCUGUUGUUGAGAUUCCUGAACUGGCUGAUGCUGUUUCUCCUGUAUUUAAUCAAGAAGCAGAGGGUCAUGACAAUGUUCCUGCCAUGCAUAACCAGUUUUUAGGACAGAGUAAUUUGACGCUGAUGAAUUAUAUGAAUUCAAACGAGUAUGGGAGGUCAUCCUCGGCAGCGAGACUUAUUCAUAGGACUCCUACAGCUAUUCAGGCCCUCCCAGUCCAAUCUCAGACAUUAGGACCACAGCAAAAUCCAGCAACUAAUUUGGAUUCCUUGAUAACCAGCAAUCCGUCUGCUGCUCCUCAUGUUUCUUUGUCCAACCCUGCCUCUGCAGAUCCUUACAAUGCCAUUCUGAGUGAUGCAGAAAGACAGCAACUUUUUUCUCGAUCCGCAUUGAAUGUGCCUCCUGUCUUAGCAGCAACACAGAACCGAGUUCCAACAAUUAAUAUUGCAGCCCCAACUCAUAACCGAGUACUACCAGUUAAUAUGUCAGCUGCUACUCAUAACCGAGCACCAAGUCAAUUGCAUAACCCACCAUACAGAACAGAUAUGCUGAAUGACUUCAGAAAUUCACACCUUCAGCAAACUCUGAAUGCCCAUGCACACCAACCAAUGCAACCAUCAAAUGCUCAACGAUCUCACAUCCAACAAGGGGGUUCACAAGCUUAUGCAGCUGGAGCUACAGCAAGUAGCCAACAGGCCCGGGUUAUGGCUUCAUCACAUGUUGCCAGACAAGGAGAGCAAAGAGGACCACCAGUACAGGCAGUUUCUAGUACUGAUGAAUUGUUCAAUUCACAACCAGAUCAGAAUUGGCGUCCUACGCGAAUGCGUGGAAGUCUUUCAGGUCAGCAACUUACUGAAGAUGUUAGGCAGCGAUUGAUUAUGCCAUCAUCACAUCAAGUUCAAAGUUCAAGACCACAAGGUCCACAACCAGGCCGACCACUGGAUGCGCUCAUUGCUAACAAUCGAAAUGCUCAGAAUCCUUCGAGACCGUGAUAUAUUUGGAAGCUUUUACUUGCACAUGCUUGGAAGAUAGAUAUUAAAUAUUAGAGAGCUCAACAUCAUUGUCUUAUAUGCACUGGCUGUAAAUAUAAUCGGCAGUAGAUGGGGAAAACAUAAGGACAUGUUACAUUCAGGUAUUUUGAUAUAACUUGACAUUAACGUUUGUUAACCACGGAAUUGAAAGGGAAAGGAAAUCUUAUUUACACCUCAAUAUGGGGGAAUUGAUUUAUCAAGGUGAAGACAUAGCAAGUGAAAGCAGUUUAGGGGAAAAACGACAAUUACAGAGUCAUUGUGUGCCUAUAUAUGGCAUUGUAUAUUCAAUUAGAAAAUGGUUUAUUUGAACAAAUACGAACUGUAAUUUCAGCUUGUUUUCACCUAUUACCUAAUUUAUUAUAAUUUUAACGGUUAUUCUUUUUU